AGAAAUCGUCACUUCCGCCCAAUUCGUUGACUGCGGCGGCGCGUAUUUUUGAAAAAUUGUUCACCAUCCCAAAGAUUAUUGUCAACGUUUCAAGAAAUACCAAUCUAAGGGUGGUAUACACCACAGCCCUUUCUUCCUUGAAGAAUAUGUGGGUAUACUAAGAAGUUCGCUGGUUCAAUAGUAAUAGGACAUUGUGAUUCCAAAGCAUGGCGUGUAUUACCGACGUUGACUGUGUGGAAUGCUUCAACACCACGCUGGAGGAGAUCCGGAGCAAGCUGAUGUCUUUGGUUGUCGCCCAGAUUGACCAGCUGGAGGACUCAGGCCACACACACAGACAAGACGUGAAAGCCGGCCUUGAGCAAUGCUGGCAGAAGGCGAAGGAUGACACCAUAUUUAGAACCAUGGGGAUGUUCAGCCAUGUCUUUGAAGAAAGCAACGUGUGUCUGAAAGAGAAGAGGCGAGAGCUGCCAGAUCUCAUCGCUGACACAGAGGAGAAGGGGCUGAUUAAGGAGAGUCUGCAACAACGCAUGGAGAGGCUGAGGGCGGAGCAAGCAAAGAGAAAAGAACUGGUCAUGGCUCAAAACAAGGCAAACAAAAACCGGCUGAAAGAACUACACAGCAUGUCUGGGUUGUACCAGAAGUAUUUGGCUCUUGAGAUCAGGAAGAUUCAUGGUGAGAAACUACAGUUUGUGUUCAGAAACAUGGAUCCCAAAGACCCAGAGAGCCCCUUCACCUUCAUUCUGUCCAUUAGUGAUGAGGGGGUGUACAGGAUUGAAUCCUGCAGUCCGCCACUGGAGUGCAUGGCGGAGUUGGAGAAGAAGCUGAACGAGCUCAACAAAUUCUCAGCCUUCAUACCUAACGUCAGGAAAGCCUUCAAAGAUCUCAUCUCAGAACAUUGAAGCAUGACUAUGCCACCUGACUGACCGGGAUACCGCUUUUAAGAUUUUACUUUAAGUUUGUCUGUCUUUAAAUUAACCUUGUUUGUGUUUGUUUGUGUGACUUUU